CUGCCCAUGCAUUCCAAGUCCAGCUCAGGGAUUGGGCCCAGUGAGGAGGAGGAGAAUAUAUUCACAGUAUUGGAUGAGCCACCCCCAUUGCCCCUGCAGCCGCCAGUGGGUGAAGCAGAACUAGAGAUGCCUGUGCCUGACAUCAAACCAAAGAGAAAAUUCAUCCCUGACUCUUGGAAGAAUUUCCUAAGGGGCCGCCGUGGGCGUACAAGACAGAUAUCCAACUUGUACCCAGUGUGGGGAGCAGAGCAGUACUCACCUCCAGUGUCACCCCUUCUGAGCCGGCAGCGGACUGCAUCGCCAGGCAGUGACAGCUCAGAGGAGGACUCUCAGCAAACAGUCAAAGGUCCGCACCCAGGUAUGGCAGACUGGGGAGCGAGACAGGGAUCAGCAACCAUAUCUCAGAGUGAUCCCACAGAGAAACAGCCCGAGUCAGCCCAGAGUUACACGGAGAUGAUCCACGUCUACCAACUCAAACACGCAUACAUGAAGUCUUGGCCAGGAUUACUGCGAGUACUGGGGGUGAUGGAGCUGAUCUUUGGAGCAAUGGUGUUCGCUUGUAUAUGUGCAUACAUUCAGAAAGAUAACCAAUGGUACAAUGUCCUUGGGGGAUCUUUCCCCAGCCUUGGGCUUGGGGACAAUUAUUACUACAGUGGACCCAAAACCCCUUUUGUCCUGGUCAUGGCUGGUCUCGCCUGGGUAGUGACAGUGGGCCUCCUCAUCCUGGGACUCACAUUGUAUUACAGAACCAUUCUCCUUGACUCCCAUUGGUGGCCACUGACUGAAUUCAUUAUAAACACUUGCCUUUUCUUUUUGUACAUGGCAGCUGGCCUGGUCUACGUCACUGGUUUCAGUCUCGGGGGUCUGUGCUACACCAUGAUAGCCAACAGCCCCCUGUAUUACCAGCUGUGCCGUGUGGAGAGCGGGCAAAUUGCAGCAGCUGGCUUCCUGUUCAUCAACAUGCUCCUGUACCUGGUCAGCGCAGUCAUAUGUCUAAAGGUGUGGCGUCAUGAACUGAGGAGAAAGGCAAGAGAAGCCUUUAGGAACAAGCGUAAGACAGCUGCAGUGCUGAUGGAACAGAAGCGGCCAUUCUCAUUCAAGCACAUACCCUUCAGGAGGAACACACUUCAGCCCCAGGAGGAGAUGGCCACCAGAAAUAUCCAGCUCCACUCCGGUGGUCCAGGGACCCUCAACAAAUCCAUUCCAGCUGGACAUGUCCCAAAACCCCUCAUCAUUCCUGAUUAUGUAACGAAGUACCCAAAGAUUGAGUCUGCAGAAGAACGGGAGCGAUAUAAAGGAGUGUUUAACGACCAAUAUGCAGAAUACAGGGAACUACACACUGAGGUACACCUGGCCAACAAGAAAUUCCAAGAGCUGAAGGCUCUCAUUGAAAAACUGCCUCGCUACACCGAGAGUUCAGAGGAACACAAACGAAUAAUGAAGAUCCUUAAAGAUUACAAGGAGAAAACCAAUGACCCUGCUUUCAUGGAGAAAAAAGACCGAUGUACGUAUUUGAAGAAUAAACUCUCCUACAUCAAACAGCGAAUCCAAGAAUAUGAUUCUGAAUGGAGCUUCAAAGGCAAUAGUAUUUGCCUGGGACAUUCCAUCACCAUGUAUGAGAACCGACCCCUUGGGAGCCCUCCUGCCUACAGCCCGAGUAAUUUCACCCAACCUUUCCCACACAGAGCCUCCGUGGGGACUUAUGAAUAUGACAUGCGAUCCCCUCCACCAGGCUCAUAUUACAUUGAGGACAAGCCGCAACACUUCUACAAAUGGAGCUCCCCGCCAGGAAUCAUCCGUAUUUUAGAGGGCAUUGUCAUAAUCCUGUGUCUGGUCAUCUUUGCCUGUGUGGCAUCAACGUUGCAAUGGCAAUAUGGCUAUGGUUAUGGUUAUGGCAUGGGUGGCAUAGGAGGUGGGUACUACCCAGGAAUGGGAGGAGGAUAUUACCCUGGCAUGGGGGGGAGUAGCUAUUACCCAGGAAUGGGAGGGUAUGGCAAUGGAGGCCACACUGACCCCAGGGCUGCCACUGGCUUCAUGAUUGCAAUGGCGGCCAUUUCCUUUAUCGCUGUCUUGGCCUUCUUCAUCGCCAGUGUCAGCAAGUCCCAAAACUCCAGAACCCGUAAGUUUUAUCUGUUGUUACUGAUAUUCAGCGCUAUCCUGGGAGGCUUGGAGCUGAUUGCCAGCGUUGUAUACAUCAUGGGAGUUAAUCCAACAGCCGGGAGUGGAGGAUCCUUGUACUAUACCCAGAUGAGAAUGUUAUGCGCCCAGUUUUAUUCAUCUGGAGCUGGCAUGAUGUUGACAAACGAGUAUCUAUAUCACUAUUGUAUUGUGGAUCCUCAAGAGGCUGUGGCGAUUGUCUGCGGAUUCCUGGCGGCGCUGACGUUUUGUAUCAUUGCUUUCUUCGCUCAAAGAGUGCGGCAGAAAAUCUGGAAAUAUGGGAAACCGAAUAUCCUGUGGGAAAAGGGCUUCGCUGAUGAAGAGGUGGGGCCCAACGUGGAGGAAUGGGUGAAGACUGUUCCUGAAGGGGAUCAUGAUGAAAUCGAUACAGUUCAAUACUUUGAUAAACCAGCCAAUGGCAUCAAUACACUGAAUACUAAUGAGUAUAAUUCGCAGCCAGUUGCGUACAGUGUGGAAAGUCACAAUCAGUACCUUUCCUCCUCUUACCCCUCGAGGAACAUCAACUCAACUCCAUCUGAAGAUACAGCAAGGAAGCCUCCGGCUGGUCGAAAGAAGAAGUGGAGGAGACGUGGCAGAUCAGAGGUGGAGGAAUCUCAAUAUGAGACUGAUUAUACAACUGGAGCCGAAUCCGGUGAUGACAUGGAUGAUGAGGAAUGGGACAGUUUGUACCCUCCCAUAACCUCCGACCCCAUUCGGCAGGAGUACAAGCGGGAGUUUGACAAUGACCAUCGGGAAUAUAAACAGCUUUGUGCUGAAAUGGAUGAAAUUAACAAUCAGAUCAAUUUCCUGAGCAAGCGGUUGGACGUCUUGACUGAGGAUGACCCCAGCUAUGAGGGAGUUGCUGAGGAAUACAACAGAUUAAAAGACUACAAGAAGACAUCCGAGUAUCAGAGUAAACGACUGCAGGGCAAGCGCCUGAAGAGGAAGCUGUCCCACAUUAAGAGGAUGGUCAGCGAGUAUGAUCGCCAGCGAGAUUGAGAUUCAGAGAGGACUCAUCAUUCUUCAACCCUUUCUGUCUUUUCUCCUUCUCCAAUCUCCCAACCCCUAUCCACAGCCUACAAUGUGAAAACUCGGAAAAUCCUGCACAGCUUGGUGUAAGUUCCAAACUCCCACCAGAUACUGUUGGGGGAGAAUGAUCGGGACUGGGAUGUGACAGUAUUCACAGUGAGACAGAGCCAGCACCAAACCUGCAGCAGGGGAAGGCUGAUUAACACUGACUCCACUCCUACAUCUUGUUUCUAGACAGCUUUGCUCUGAGUGGCUGCGAAUCUAUAAUCUAUAUCCAAUACCUGGUCAAUCAAAGAACUGGCAGUUGACAGAAGACUGAAAGGAAACAUGAGAGGGGGCCUCCAACAGCUUUAAUCCAAUGGAAGAUACCACACAUGGGCCAUUCAAUCCUUGCUAUGCAACAAGCAUGAAAAGAUUAAAUUAUGUUACAUCUCUCCCCAUCUGCACAACAACAAUAUGCAUUUAUAUAGUGCCUUUAACAUCAUAAACCGCCUUUGGUGGCUUCAUGGUGAAUUUGCCCGACCACAGGAGGAGAUAUUUAAGAAGGGGGACAAAAAGCUCAGUCAAAGGGAGAGUUUUUAAGAGUUCUGUUUUUAAAGGUGGAGAGAGAGAGAGAGCAGAAAUUUUAGGAAUGGCAUCUCAGAGCUUAGGCCUAGAGCAAUGAAGCCUGGCCAUGGAUGGGGAAGUGGUGUGAUUUGGGGAUUGUCAGGGAACCAGAAUUAAAGCCAUGAGAAACCCCAAAGGAUUGUUGUGUGGUGAGGUCAGGACGGAAUUCAGAAAUAAGAGAGACUUUUCAAUUCAAAUCAUUGUUGGAGAAGGAGUCAGUGAAUGUCAGAGAUGGGUGAACAGGGCAUGCUGUUAAAGGUUAAAGUCAUGAGCUCAGGUUUAUACAGGGUGGAAGAUGGAUAUAUAGGAUAAUAGGGUAGGGGGGAAUGGGUGAGGAUGGGUUACCCUUCAGAAGGUUGGUAUGGAUGAGUUGGGCCAAAGGGCCUGUUUCCACACUGUAGAGAUUCUAUGAGAGAAUUGGAACAGUUAUAUCUAAAGGUGACAGGAGGUGAAAACAACUGCAUCAGCAGGAGAUGAGCUAAGGAAUGCUGAAUGUAAGCGAUGUGGUGGAAAUUUUGACAACGUCCCCUCCCCAGGUAAUCUCCAAUGUGGAUAGUCUCCUAGCAGGUGUCAUUCAGAUGUGGAAGUUCUGACUUAACCACAGACAGACAGUAUGGAAAGGGAUGGAAUCAGAGGAGAGGGAAUGGAGUUUAUGACAGGGAACCAAGAACCAUAGCUUUGGUUUUCCCAGUUGAAUAGAUGAAUGGUCCAUUCCCCAGUGGUCAGGCCAAAGACAGUUCCUGUAGAAGCUGAACCCAGAUGAAUCUAUUUAGAUUGUGGACAGAAUGAUACCUGACUUGCACCAGAGUAUCAUCAUUGUCCAUGUUGGAAGCUGUUCCCUGAAUCUUUACAAUCAGAAUAAUUCCAUCGAUCUCUCACCAGAGCUUUACUGCCAAUGAUAUGGGACAAUUACGUUGCAUAGUUUUUAUUGAUU